GUCAGAGAAAGUCUCGUCCAAUCACGUUGUUCGUUGUCAGCUCAGCCCCGCCCCCUGCCGUUGCCCAGGGAACACCUGGAGCUGAGCGGAGCAGAGAGCAUCAUGGGAGCUCCUGAGGUGGCAGCGUGGCAGAGUUUCCUGUCGUCCGUCUCGUCGCUCUUUCACACCUGCAGCUCGAGGAUUGAUUGGCUGGAGCAGGAAGUCUCCGCCCACCGCAGUCAUGUGACCGCACUGCGUUGCGAGCUGCAGGACGCCUGUCUCCGUGACAACCAGGCCUUCGUCCCCGUGGAUGAAUUUCCAGAAAAGUUUCUGUUUGCUGACGUGGAAAAAAUAAAUCCUGUUUCCCCCUCCGAUCUGUCGAAGGAGCCGUCA